ACAUCCAAUCUGAUAUUCAGAUAUUCAAUCAUCACUUAGAUGGCGAUCUCUCUCUAUCCCCUCCGCCGACAUUCCCACACAUACACCAUAUCCCUAUCGCAGCCCAUCCGCAGAGCCAGUAGAAAUUGAAUAACAGCCCAAAAUGGCAAUCGAUAUACUUCCGCUUACAAAACCGGACAUCCCCGAUGCCGUAGUCUGCAUCCAAAAGGCGUUUGCCGACGACCCAUACUUCCGCUGGGUCUUUAACGAUCCAUCCAAAUUCAACAUCCACCGCAACGCCGCCUCCCUCUCAGCGCACUUCCUCCACGGCCUCCACACCAACGCCCCCAUCUACAUCGCCAAAUACCGCCCCACACCCACAGACAAGCACCCUCCUCCGUCCUCGGGCGUAGUCGGCGUCUGCUGGUGGUUCCCCCCGCAGCAGAAAGAAACCUGGACGACCUGGACAACCUGGACACAAGACUGGCUUUUAUCAUUCCGCCAACUCCUCAACAACAUCCGCUUCGGCGGCCGCGGGGGGUUGAAUGUGCGGCGGUACUGGAUCUGGAAGGCUCUGCAGGCGCGCACGCACGCAGAGCUCUGGACGAACCCGGCGGGAUACUACUUCUGUAAUGUGAUCGCGGUGAGUGCGGAGAUGAGGGGAAUGGGGGUGGGGAGGAGGCUGGUGGAGGCUGUGACGGGGCGGGCGGAUGCGGAGGGCGUGCCGUGUUACCUGGAGAGUUCCAAGGGGGAGCCGAAUCUGGGGAUCUAUGAGAGGUUGGGGUUUAGGCUGGUUAAGGAGAUUGAGUGUGUGGAUGGGUGGGAUGCGUGCAAGUUGUAUUGCAUGGUGCGGGAUCCGAAGAUUGAGAUCAAGGCGUGACUUGACUUGCCAGGUUUAAGGCACAAGGCAUUGAUGCCAGUUGCGGGUAUUCGAUAGUAAGAUUAAAUGUAUUACGUGACUGAGCAUAAAAUAUCUGUAUGAAAGAAACACAGUCCGCAUCCGCCAUCCGCACCGCAUCUACAGCAGAUUUCCAAGUGCGAUACAGGCCAGCUCGA